CAGUAAAGACGUUGAUUAUCACAAAGAGAAUAAAAGGAACCGUGAGUGCUUGCGGCCGCUCCAUACACACAGUAAUACGAUGAAGGUUGCACGACAGAGAAAACGGCGGCUGCGGCGGUGAAGUCGGCAUCGGAUGAAGCAAAAGUGACGCGAUAAUUUGUGUUGUGACGUGUUGUAAGGUGUGCAAUCAUGAACACCUAUUGUGAGAGGGUCUUUGGACAGAAUGUCUUGAAUAGACUGCAGCAAUCGCCUGCGAAGAAAAUGCCUGUAAAACAAAUGCCCUUGAAGAACAAGACGGCGUCCCUGUUUAAGCUCGUCACCGUGGAGUUUUGCGACUACACAGGCUCCUUCACGGUGGUGGGGCCGGACCAGGGCACGAGGGCCGAGUUCGUCAGGACGCAGCUCAACCAAAUGAAG